UUGUAGCUUUUCCAUAAUCCCUUCAUUUCCCUUCACAAAUAUACCACUGAACGUUGACCUCAAGCUCAUGUCACUACAAGAAAUCGUAUUUUUCCCAGCGAUUUUAUAAUCGUUGCAAAAGAAAACGCUGCAAUAUAUAUACAUUUGGCGUCGAUUACAAAAUCGCCAAGGUGUUCUAAAAAUAAGCCGGCGCCUUCUAAUUAAAAGCUUUUUUGUGACGAUUAUAAUGAAUUUUACAACGAAAAUCCACACCGCAACUUUUAUUAUUUUCACAACCCUUUGAUUUAGGUCGGGAUAGGAGCGAAGGGGCGCCAAAAUCAGUCAUAAGUUUCCCCCCAACUUAUUUCCCCCACCCUCAUCUAUGCAUGACCACCUUCUUCACUUCGAACCAUUGCAUCAACAUACUCCAUUCUCGUCGCUUGCAAGCUCCAAUGACUGAAGCCUCGCCUCAUUUUUGCCCAUUUUCCACGUCUCAUUUCCCCACACCGGCCUUCUCCUUUCUAUUCUUUGUAAUCCCUGUUUCACAGUCUCUUCAAAUCCUACAAGCACCUACUCUCGUUUGCACACAACCUUCGCACAAGGAGAAUUCCAGUCGUUUCUCGUCGACGCAGCACCACUCAAGGAAAAGAGAAGCCAUUGAAGCUGCUCAGAGAUGGAGGCGCCUUAAUGCAGCCGAGGCCAAACUCCAGUUGAAGAUUGAGGAAUUGUAGCCCUUUGCAGCAGCACGCACAUCCUGCCGUGAUUCUGGAAAAAUAGGUUUAAUCUUAGUGAAAAGGUGGAGGAUUUAAGGGUUGUGAGAAAGAUUUUAAGGUCCUUGCCUAAAAGAUUUUGCCCAAAAGUUACAGCCAUUGAGGAAAUCAAGGAUUUGGAUGCUAUUAAGGUGGAAGAACUAGUUGGCUUCUUGCAAACAUAUGAGUCAUCACUUUUUCAAACAAGAAAAUGUAAGUCCAUUGUUUUAAACAUUGUAAAAGAGGACCAAAAUGAUUUUUCUAAUGAAAAAAAUCUAAACACUGAGGAUAUAAAUCUCAUUGCAAGGAAAUUCAGAAAAAGCUUUGUUGAGGGGAUUUUUCCCGAGGCCUUAGGCCCAAGAACAUAGGCUCAGCCCAGGUAGUGGAAACGCUUCCCCCAGACCAUUACAAGUCGGAGAGCCCGAGUCCCUUUGAUGGGCAUCAAUGUGGACCGUGUUUUAAAGAUCUUUUGCAAGUUCCAAACGAGCCAAUUACAAGGUCAAGAGCUAAGAAGAUCAGUAAAGUUAUGCAAUGAUUGGUGCAAUCCACUUGGGACGAAGCUAGCAAGACUCCAACAUUCAAGAUGAGCUUGAAAAAAAUGAGAACUAGUUUUGAUUUAUGUCAUACAAGCUAUGGAAAAGGGCAGCAUGAUUUAGGGUUUAUUAUUUGAGCUUAUUAUUAUGUUUAUGAGGUUGAGGUUUUGGACCUUGUUCAAUUUAUUAAAAGGAUUUAUUUUAUUAGUUAUAUGAAUUAGUUUAGAAUAGUUGGGUUUAAAAAUGCUUGGUCCACAUAUAUUUUAUUGUAUUGAACUAGGGUUUCGAAAGGCUUUUUAAGUUACUAUAGCUAAGUUACUAUAGCUGCGGUACUAUUUACUUAAGGGUAUUUUUGGAAAGAAUGGGCCUUAUUUUAGCUAGGGUUAUGUUUUGGGAAAGACUAUUUAAACUCCUUGUAGCCACAUUUUAAGAAGCUUAUGAAAGUUUAUGAAAUUUAAUAAAUUUUAUUCAUUGUAAGUUGAAUCUAUCUUCUCUUGUUCUUUAAUAAACUUUUGAACUUAUCAAAGGUAAAUCACAACUUUUGUAACGUUUCUUUUUUGUAAUGGGUUCUUGAGACAGGCUUUUUAAUGGGUCUAGAUUUUCAUAUAAUUUAGGUUCUUGAAACGUGUUCUUUAACGGGUCUAGGUUUUUCUAUUGACUUGAUCUUGGCUUUUUUGAGUGAGUUUUCAAAUUGACUGUGGGUUUAAAAGAUUCCAUUCCUGCAAGUUCAUAUCACCCUUGCUCUAGGACCUGUGCCUGAUGGCCCACUCAAAAGUCCUCGACCCAUACAAGACGGACACAGUUACCGGGUCAGGAUGGAUCACGGUUUGAGAAGAACAGGAAAUCCUUCAGGCAGGGGAAAAGGGAACACGCCACCUUGAUAGGACUCUGCACUUAGGGGUUGCUUGGAAGCCAUGCCGCAUUAAUUGUUUCACUAGAUAAUCAUGCUGCAUUAAAUGAGGUCUGCCAGAAGACACUCUUCCGCUCACCCGCAGAUCAUGGGUCUCUAACCCUGAAUGUAGAUAUAAAAGCAACCAUUUGGAAUCAAAACUGGACCUCUCUUUUUUGGCUCUUCUUUUGCUCUCCUAACUCUAUCAAUAGGAAUCCAUGGUUUUUUCUCUUUGUCUCUUGUUGACUUAGGCAUUGGAAGCUCCACUCGGCUACUACCCUGGCCUCUAGGCCCAGGAGUUAUCUUGUGCUCACAAGAUCCGGUUGAAGACCCGAGUCGCUGAGGGCCAGGCCCAAGAGCGUACAAAACAUGUCUUUAACAUUUUGUUUAAUAAGAAAGUUGGUGGAAAGAAAAAACGAGAUAAGGAAUUUCCUGCAAAGAAAAAUGAUUUUGAAAAAUAGAAUAAAGAAAAAUAUGAGAAAAAUUAUAAAGUCAAGUAUUAUGAAUGCUCAAGAUAUGGUCAUAUAAGAGUGGAAUGCCCAAACUUUAAGAAAAACAAGGGUAAAGUACUAAAUGUCACACUUUAGUGAUAUUUUAGAAUCUGAAAUUUCUAAUUCAUCAUCUAAUGAUGAAGGUCCGUUUUUACAACUGUUGUUGGUGAUUUUUUUUGAUAUUUUAUUAAAAAAAAUUUAGAAGUGAAUUUGAUGAUAGUAACUUGGAUAUAGUUCUUGUUGAUACUGGCCAUGAGCUAAGCAUACAAGAGGCGUAUAAUAAUUUAUGUGAAGAAUGUUUUAGCUGAAAAAGCUUAACAAUAAGUUAUACAACAAACUCACUAUAGCGGAGAAUGAAAAGAAUAAUCGUUUGAAGGUAGUAAAAAUUUUUGAAAUUGAGAUCUCCAGAUUAAGGACUCAAAAGGAUACACUAGUCAAGGAGUUGAAAUGUUUUGAAGAGAGUCAACAAAAAUCAGCAACUCAAAAAUUGGAAGAGAUGCUAAGUAUUCAAAAGUCUAACUGUGACUGUAUUGGGUUGGAGUAUUCAACCUUGCAAGGCAAAGAUCUGACAAUCAUCAUUCGCUGCCACUACCUCUAAGAGUAUUGUCUUUGUCAAAGGAAGCCAAGUUGUGGAUGCUCCAAAAAAAGUCGCUUCACAAGUAAAUCAUUUUGAAAAGCCAGAAGAAAUAUCAACCUCAAAUUAAGAAGCUGAACUUAGGCUAUGGUAUUUCCUCUUGAGUCAUGAUGCUCUUCAAUCCAGUUGAGACAUUAUUGCUUUAUCAGAUUCAAUAGAUGUCGCUGCCGUCACCGCCAAACACGACCAUGCUUAUCCCUCGUAACGUGGGUUUGCCCCAAUGGCAGACCAAAAUGGAUGAGGGUAUCAAUGCUGGACAAAAAAGCAUUCAUUUUACUAAUAAAUCUAAUAAGAAGGUUCUUUUACACGAGUCCAAUCGGUCACCUAAACAGGUUUUACAAGCAAAAAUUGUAAAAGCUACUUCUACCCAUUUGAAAUCCUCCUCAUCAGGUUCGUCGAUGUGCCUGGAAGAAGAUUCUGAAUCAAGAACUAUAAUUGUGACAAAUGUACAUUUUGCAGCCACUAAAGGAGCAUUAGCCUUGUAUUUUGCCAAAUGUGGGUCAGUUGUCAACAUGGUGAUUCUGACUGAUGAAGCAACUUCACGACGAAAAGGGUCUGCUUAUGUUACUUUCGUUAGCAAGGAGUCUGUUGAGAAAGCAUUAGAAUUGAGUGGAAGUCAGUUUUCUUCAAGGACUAUAAAGUUGAGAUUAAAGAUGCUUCAGGAAGGCUGAAUUAGCCGCUGCAACAACGGGACCAGCCCAAAAGCCCAAAAUUUCAAGGAAAUAUUUUGAAUUUUAACUACCCCUUUCUUCUCGUUUCUCAAGAGCCAAACUUGGCAUUCUCAAGUAGUAAGUUUUGUCUAGCCAAAUUUUUCUACAUUCUAGACACAUCAACCAUUGUAACAAGUGACAGUUUUCUUCAUACAAAUUAUUAAUUUUCCCUAAAAGCCAAAAAAAAAAAAAAAAAAAAAACAGCAAAUGUAGAUCAUAGAGAGUAUAUGCUAUUUGGGUUCGACUUUUGCAGAGAUGGUGUAGCCACCACUGUAAUCAAAGGAAUCAUUGUCUUUUGGUAAAGAGUCCUUGUAAGGAUGCUUAGAAGCACCUUUUGAUGCAACAAAGUCAGUUGCAGAAGAGGAUGCAGAUGUUGCGUUGGUGGCCAAUCCAUCAUUCUGUAAAAUAGUUUCAAGUGCCUUUACCACUUCACUCAUUGUUGGACGGUCUGCAGCUGACUCGUCAACACAUUGCAUGGCCAACUCAAGGAACCUCCCAAACCCUAUAAGAUUUGUUAUGUUUCUAAUGGAUGAAUCAAUCAAGUUCCCCAAGCCAUAGUACUCGUCAUCAUUCUUUUUCAUAGCUGUCAGCACCUCACGGACGAUGUACUUUCCCUUCUCAAUUGGUUGCUUGGCUGUUACCAGUUCAAGCAUAACCACUCCAAAACUGUACACAUCGCUCUUCUCGGUUAACUGUUGAGUCAUGUAGUACUCAGGAUCCAAAUAACCCUGCCAGUAGAAGACAUUUUAGAAACAAAAAUAAGAAUUCAAGCGAGAACUGCAGUGAAGAUAAAUCUUGCGAGCACUUUUACUUCCUGUAUUAGGAUGGGAAGGAUCCGGUUUAUGUCUGAUUUUCACGAAAUCAUACUAGAACAAGAAAAAAGAAACCAAUAAACAUUAAAAACGAGUUGCAAAUAUUGUUGAGGUAUUCAUGAGGUACUUGCUUUGAUUGAUCACAACACUACCAGUAACUGAACAUGGAGAAAUUAACUUACAAUUUAGGAGAUGAUUUUGUAAAGAGUUUUCAAACAAACAAUUUUCUGAGAGAAAGGAAAAAUGAGAAAGAAAGUAGAAUGAAGAUUAAAGGUUAAGGCAUUGUUCGUUAGCAUGUUAAUAAAUUAUAAUACAUGCAUGCGUGUUUGUUUGCAGAUAUGUAUGUGCAUCAGCAACUUUGCAUAUAUUUCUUUUGGCUCCCCUGCAUUAAAUGCAGGAAAAAAUAAACUGUUCACUACAGUGUGUCUGAUUGAAAACCUUAAUAGGCUAAGAGGUUCUAUAGAUUACUUACCAUUGUGCCUUUCACUUGAGUUGAAACAUGCCCUUUUGAACCGUUCGAUACCAGCUUGGACAAGCCAAAAUCUGCAACCUUUGCUGUCAAAUUUUCAUCCAACAGAAUAUUGGCAGACUUAACAUCUCUGUGGAUUAUAGGAGGAUUAGCAAGCUCAUGUAGGUAAGCUAGCCCUCUGGCUGAGCCAAGAGCAAUGCGGAGUCUUCUCUUCCAAUCGAGAUAUAUGCCAGAUUUCCCUAUAGCUCAUAUUUCAACACAAUUUCUGUUAGACUUUGAAAAUAGGUUACAAGUAUUUUCAAUGCAGAUUUGGUGUAGAUUAUUCAUAAAACUUGAAAUAUUUUCGAGAAAAAUGAUUAAUUUAUUCUGAAAAAACAAGUUUUGAUAACCUACUAAGCAAGAAUAGCUGAUGUGGGUGCUUGCCUUCUGGUUUAACUAAAAUAAAAUGAAUGUACCUGACAAGCUCUCCCUAAGCGAUCCAUUAGGCAAAAAUUCAUAGACCAACAUCUGUUCUCCUUGUUCAAAACAAAAACCCAUUAGGCCAACGAGAUUCUUGUGAUGAACUCGUGAAAGCAACUCAAUUUCAGUCUUGAAUUCAAGUCCACCCUGCAUUGAUCCUUGCUGAGCCCUUUUGAUAGCCACUACUUGUCCAUCAGAAAGCACCCCUCUAUAAACCUAGAAGAACAUUAAAAUGUCAUAAAACAGUGCUUGGAAGCAAAUUUUCACAAUAAUUGAUUGAAUAGUGAGACAUGUACCUUGCCAAACCCUCCAGAACCUAUCCCAUUGCUUUCAGUGAAAUUAUUGGUGCACUUUUUGAGUUCAUCAUAAGAAAACCAUCUUGCUCCCUUUAACUGCGGUGCACCCCCACUAUCAUUACCACUUGGUGCCCAGGAAGCUGGAAACAUAGAGUAAAUUAGCGAUAUAGGACAACAAAUACAUAAUGUUUCAUCUUACCUACAUACAGAUGCCUGAAUCAUGGAUUACAAAAUCAAACACAACAAAUUAGUUUCUAUGUUAAUUACCAAAUGGUCUACUUAAUCCAAUGGCUCUUUCUGCACGUUUCUUUUGCCGAACAGCAUAUAUCCCUACUCCAACAAGGCCCAAAACCAAAAUGGCACAACCAAUUGCAAUCCCAACUAUUACAGGAGAGCUAAUAGAAGUUGCCCCAUCUGUGGCUGAAAAACAUUUUCAUUGUCAGUUGCCCAUUUUAGUAACUGAAUCCCAUGCAAUGUGAAAAAUAAUUUUUCUCAGUGAGAGAGAGAGAAUAGAUGUCAUUUGAACCUGGGAAAGCGUAAGGAGAUGCAAUAAAAAAAUAGGGCCCAAACUCUCGAGGUGGCUUGUAUGUUUGAUGACUCAAGUCGAACCCAAUUCUCAUAAUUUCUGACCUAUUAAAAUAUUUUCCAAUUGCUGGAAAGAGUGCUAACUGCACUAGAAGAUGGUCAUCUUUAUUGAAAUAGAGGUUUUGAAGAGAGACUGAAUCAGGAGUCAGGCUUAGGUUUACCCACAAGGUCAUUUCCAAUGAAUGAAAUAUAGUCUCAUUGGACAAUUCCCUGAAUGUGGGUCCUCUAAAAUUUAAUGUUCCUGCAUAUGGAUAGGCACAUUCACAACGAGGGCUGAGCAUUUGAUCAGGAGGACAUGAUGUACUUCCACACUUAGCUAGGCUGGUAGAAUAAGGAUUUGUAGGUUGUUGCUUAAGCGGGCAGAACUUUGCAUUUGGUAGAUCAGCAGUACACACCGGGUUUCCUGUUAAUCUGAAGUACAUAAAAUAGACAAAUAAGAAUGCUGAUUCUGAGAAAAUACACUAUCAGAACUGAAGAUCAAGGGCCAUAAGCUCUCUCACAUUAAUAUUUUUGUGUAGCCAUGAGUCGUCACUGUUAUUGAGGAAAUAUUGUUGUUUUGCAAAUCAACAAGCUGAAGUUGUGGGCUGAUGUUUUCACCCAUGUUCAAUGUGUCAUUAAAUGUAUUGUUUUUCAAAUUCCUGAACAUUAAAGAAAAAAACUGAAUUGUCAAACUUAAAGUUUCUACAUAUAUCGUCAUGGUCUAAUGGACUCUUAUUCUAAUCAGAACUUACACUUGUUGUAUCUGUGGCAAGCUGAAGAGUUUUUGUGGCACAGCCCCUUCAAGUGACCCAAUUUCCAUAAUCCUGCACAUCAAUCACAUAAGGUCAUGCUACAAUUCAAAGAACUAGAUCUCUCAUUGGCAUGAACUUUUUUUUCUAUGGAGAAAUGUUGGGAGAAUUUUCCUUUUUAAAAUGACUUACAGAGUGGUGAGUGAUGGCAAGGUUGAGAACCAAUCUGGAGCUUCUGAUGGGUCAAACAAGUUGUUACUAAGGUCCCUGGUUAAAAUAAGCAAGAGAACAAGAUUCCUUA